AUGGAAGUCAACGUUACUGAGCCCAUCGCCGUUAUUGGCUUUGACCUCAAGUUCCCCGGAGAUGCCAACACGCCCGAGAAAUUCUACGACUUUCUUCUCUCUGGUCGUUCAGCCCUCAGUGAGGUACCCAAAGACCGAUACAACAUCGAUGCUUUCUACCUUCCUGAUCCCCAAAGAUCGGGUACGAUCAACGUCCGGCAUGCGCACUUCUUGAAGGAUGACAUUGCUACCUUUGACACGCCAUUCUUUACCAUUACAGAGGCCGAGGCCAUCUGCAUGGGUCCCCAGCAACGCGGACUUCUUGAGACCGUCUAUCGCGCUCUCGAAAACGCGUCUCUCGGAUGCUAUCCGCGAUGGCGAUACCAUCCGGGCGGUCAUCCGGAACACAUGCACCAACCAACGAGGGAGGCCCAGGCCAACCUGGUCAAGCAGUCGUAUGAGGCUUUGGGGCUUGACCGUGGCCUCGCGAGGUAUUUCGAGGCGUAUUGUACUGGCACGCCGGUUGGCAACCCCAUCGAAGCCAGUGCCAUCAGUGACGCCUUCUCAGAGUUCCGGACGCCCAAGGAUCCAUUGUACAUCGGGGCUGUCAAGAGCAGUAUUGGCCACUUAGAAGGAGCCGCCGGCAUUGCCGGCCUCUUGAAGACUGUUAUGGUGCUGGAACGCGGCAUCAUCCCGCCCAAUAUGUGGUUCGAAAAGAAGAAUCCAAGGAUCCUGGAUGAGUGGAACUUCAAGUUUCCCCCGUCAAGCACAGUGUGGCCCACUGAAGUUAUCCGGCGUGCUUCUAUCAACUCCUUUGACUACGGUGGUAGCAACUCAACCGUCAUCGUGGACGAUGCGCUGCACUUCUUGGCCUCAAACGGCCUAAAGGGUCACCAUAGAACCAUCUUGCACCCAAAGCUUCCAUCGUUCACUAUUACCGACAGCGAAGGGGAGCAUUUGAGCAAUUCUCUGGAUGGGGGAGAUGUUAUGGACUGUGAGAUAAAUGGUGAUCAGCAGACGAAACAUCCGAAGGGGGAUCUCGGCGGUGAAAAACAACCGAGUGCCGUCAACAGCCACACCAACGGCCACACCAAAGGAACGAGAAACGGGGCCGAAGAUAGUGUUACCGAUGGCGUAAAGAAUGGUUUUGUCAACGGAACAAAUCAAGAACAUUCCAAACCUACCUCGACGCAAAAUGGCCGUGCAAAGCAUGCAGACCUGGACCGCCAUCAUCUCGGAAAAGACCGCCUCUUCAUUCUCUCCGCCUUUGACAAAGGCGGCAUCCAACGAUUAGCGACCGCCUACCGAGAGCAUCUACUCAACAAGGUCUUGUCUUUCUCGUCCACCACCGGAUCAGCGUCAUCGCAUGAGUCAGAGUCAGAGUCAUAUCUGAGCGACUUGAGGUACACCCUGGCCUUCAAGCGGACCCAUUUCAGCUGGUCUUCAUGGGCGGUAGCCGAUUCGAUGACCUCGCUCGCUCGCGGUCUGGAGACGGCCCAGCUCAACAAGGCCACUCGCGCCCCUAACACAGGCAGCGGCAACAGCAAGCCGCAACUUGCCCUGGUGUUCGCGGGAAAAGGGGCACAAUGGGCCGGUAUGGGUAGAGAGUUGCUGGCGGUGUACAAGCCGUAUCGUCCGAGUAUCUCCAAGGCCGACGACCAGCCCAUCUGCACGGCGCUCCAGGUGGCUCUCGUCGACCUUCUGGCGAGCUGGGGCGUGUUCCCGCAAACCGUCGUUGGGCAUUCGUCGGGGGAGAUUGCUGCGGCGUAUGCAGCCGGCACGAUAUCCAGAGAGUUAGCAUGGAAUCUGUCCUACUACCGGGGUACUCUCUCCUCUGAGCUUGCACGCGGUUAUAAUAAAGGCGGCAAUGGUGGUGGCAUGAUCUCGGUCCCACUGGACAAGGCGACGGCAGAGUCUUAUAUAUCGCGCGUUGAUGCCGCCUUUCCGGAUGAUGGUGCUGCUGGUAGUCUUGCCGUGGCAUACAUCAACAGUCCGAAGAACGUUACCGUCAGCGGCGCCGUCUCCAAAAUUGAGUACCUCAAGCAAGAGCUGCUCGACAAGGACAACAUUUUUGCGCGCAAGCUCGCGGUCGGCAAUGCGUACCACUCGACUUAUAUGAAGCCGAUCGCGGACCGAUACCUACAGCUGAUAGCUGCCUCUCUUGUCUCUGGAGAACAGGGACAGAAACAGGAACAGCAGAAGAAGGUCUCCUCCACCCCUCGGUGUUACUCUUCGCUUACCGGGGCGGAGGCGAAGCUGUCAGAGUUUUGUGAGCCGGCCUAUUGGGUCCAGAAUCUCAUCUCGCCCGUGAGAGCCUAUUACCGAGCUUCUGGAGGUUGGACCUCACGGUGCCCUAAGGGGACCGAUCCGAGACAUCCUGGAGCCGAUAAGGUGGUUGCGUACCAAUCCUUGCUGAUGCGCAAGUCAAGCUCAACCAAGGUAGCCCUCAAUGCGGUGGGCUGGCUCUUCUCGCGCGGUUACAAGCUCGACAUGUCCGCAGUUAACCCGCCGCCGUUGAAUGAAAAACCAUCCUCCUUGCUGGUAGAUCUCCCCAGCUAUCCGUUUGAUCAUUCCAAGUCGUACUGGUGCGAGAGCCGAAUCAGCAGGGGAUAUCGGUUCCGUAAGGUCGUCCGCCACGAGCUCCUGGGCGCACCAGUCCCCGACUGGAACAAGAACAAUGCACUCUGGCGGAACUGGAUACGGCUGAGCGAGAACCCAUGGAUCCGGGACCACUGGAUCACGGGAAGUACACUCUACCCAGCACCCGGAAUGUUUGUCAUAGCCAUUGAGGCCAGCAGACAGAUGGCGAACCCGGACAAGGGCCCGAUCAAAGCAUUUCGGUUCCGCGAGUGCGCAGAAUACGUUACCUCGGCCGAGAGGAGGUGUUGCAAGCCGGUGUCGACACACCAUCUCUAUGAGCUUCUUCAGACAGUCGGAUUCGACUUUGGCUCCACAUUCCAAACCCUUUCUGACGUGCGCGUUAACCCCGACGGCGACCGCAACAUGAUCGCCACCAUUACGUCCAAAGUCCCCGAGAUCAAGAGCAAGAUGCCUCAGGGGUUCGUCCAGGAGCAUCUUGUUCAUCCCACUACGCUUGACGGUGUUCUUCAGGCCCUCACUGUCGCCCUGACGCGCAGUGGUCGUGAGGGCUUCGGCAGGCAGAAGCGUCCAUCAUCGCCGUCUACCCAAAAGACUCUCGCCCCCCUCAUCAAAGCGGACGGCAGUCCCGAUGCCAAGCUGGUGGUCGCCGUGGGCAAAGCUCUACCAAGCAUUCUAUCCGGAGAAGUCGACCCUCUUCAGAUUCUCUUCAGCGAGGACAAGCUGUGCGAAAAUCUAUAUCGGUAUGGAACCGGCGCCGAGAUCAUCCACGCCCAGCUCUCCGGGUUCGUCGAAGCCAUGGCCCACAAGAAUCCGACGAUGAAGAUUCUCGAGAUCGGGGCGGGUACAGGAGGCGCGACCGUGCCCGUCAUCAAUACGUUGACCCACCAUGGAGACAAUGAGUUCGGCGCGAGGUUCGAGCGAUAUGAUUACACCGACAUAUCUCCAAGCUUCUUCGAGCAUGCCAAGAAGACGUUCGAAUGCGCUGCCGAUCGCAUGCAGUUCAAAGUGUUGAACAUCGAAAACAACCCUAAGCAGCAGGGUUUCGAGGAGGGCAAGUACGACCUAGUCAUCGCCGCGAAUGUCAUCCACGCCACGAAGAACAUCGAGGCAACCCUCAAGAAUGUUCGCAAACUGCUGAAGCCUGGUGGCAAGUUUGCACUCUACGAGGUGACCAACUUGAACAUGAUCUACAUUCGCUUUGCAUUCGAUCUCGCCUUUGACGACUUUUCGGGAUCGGAGAACCAAAUCAACACUAUCAUGAUCUCGACCGCAAUGACGCCAACAGCAGCGCGACAAUCCCUGCUGACGCCGCCCCCGCCCACUGUCAUUGUGGCAGACCAGAGCUCCGAAUUUCAGAACGAGGCCGCAAAGAGAAUUGAGGCUUCAGUGAAAGGCAAGGGUAAAACUUGCCGUGGAGUGGGAGUGAUCAGUGUAGAAGAUCUGCUGUCCGCGAACCUUGACAAGAAGAUAUGUAUCUUCCUCCCUGAGAUCGAGGCCUCGUUUUUGAAGAACAUGACUGCCGACAGGCUGAGCGUCAUCAAGAAGAUGACGGCAUCCCUCUCCGGAAUUUUGUGGCUUAUCAACGGAGGCAGCAAGGCUGCAAAGAGGCCAGAAAUGGAGAUGAUCAGAGGCCUGUCCCGCACCAUCAGAGCCGAGAACCCAGCCAUCAACUUUGUCACCCUCACCUUUGAGGAUGAUGUUGAUGGUAAUAUCGAAGCUCAUCGCGGGGCGGAGGUGUGUGCGACGGUUGGAUCACUCAAGAAGCGGGAUCUCCUCAAGGCUCGUUAUGAGAUCCCUGAGGAACAUAUCCUAUGCAGCCGAGAUUUAUCGUUCAAGGACGGAAUCAUGAGACUGGCCAAAGGCCGUGGAGUGGAUGUGGUCGUCAAUGCUUUGUCGAGUGACGCUCUCCGAGCAACGUGGGACUGCGUUGCAGCUUUUGGACGGUUCGUCGAGGUUGGCAAAGUCGACAUCUACUCCUUAGCCCGGCUAAACAUGGACAAAUUCAAGUACAUCUCAUUUGGGUGUGUUGAUAUCCUCCACAUGGCGAAAAAUAACGGGCUCCGUUUUAACGCCAUCUUGGAGGAUUGCAUGCGUCUUGUUCGCGACGGUACAAUCCGGCAGCUUCACCCGGUGCAAGUCUACCCUUUCGGGCAGAUCCAAGACGCUUUCAAAUACAUGCAGAGCGGAGCACACUCGGGCAAGAUCGUGCUGCAGCCCCAUGAGGAUGACAUUGUCCCUGUCGUCCCCAGCCGAAAGCCCAAGUAUAGCUUUGACCCAUCAGCUUCCUACGCGAUCUCGGGAGGCCUCGGAGUCCGAGAGUCGGGCCAGGCUCUCGUAGCGGAACUGGAAUCGGUCGGCGUCCACGUAGAAACACCUGCUUGUGAUGUUUCGGAUGCGCAAUCGCUUAAAAAGACCUUGGAUGGCUGUCUGACAAGGAUUCCUCCCAUCAGGGGUUGCAUCCAAGGCUCAAUGGUGCUCAAGGACACAAUGUUCGAGAACAUGAGCAUCGAUGACUGGCACACAGCCAUCAAGCCCAAGGUUGGCGCGUCGUGGAAUCUCCACGUAGCGCACCUCGAUAAAGAGCUAGACUUCUUCAUCCUCCUCUCGUCGACAUCAGGGAUCGUUGGCAGCCGGGGCCAGUCCAACUACUGCGCCGGGAACACAUACCAGGAUGCUCUGGCGCGGUACAGGGUAUCCCACGGACUGCCAGCCACAUCUCUGGACCUGGGCAUGAUCCUCUCGGUUGGAUUCGUGGUGGAGAACACUGAACUCAUUGGCCAUAUGAGGGGCGAAGGGUUUGGCGCCAUGCGUGAGGAAGAGUUCCAUGCGCUGCUUGAUGCAUUAUGCGGUCCGGGUCCGGGAUCGAGCGCACCGUCGUCGCUUCUGAAAUCACAGAUCUGUCUUGGGCUGGAGCUUCCCGAGGCAAUGGCCCAGCGAGGUUUCGAAGCGCCUGGCUGGCAGCACGAUCCGUUGUUCAGCCAUUUGUUCCAGAUGCGUCGGAUGGCCGGAGGUCUGGCAUCGGCCGACAAGACUGUCAACUACGGGUUGCUGUUGGGCGCGGUCGAUUCGCUGGACACGGCUGAAGCCACUGUCCUUAAAGCCCUGCUGAUCAAGAUCUCGAAAGCACCUGGAAUAGAGAUGGGAAACCUGGAUGCGUCCAAGCCUCUUCACGCGUUUGGUGUCGAUUCGCUUGUCGCCGUGGAGCUGCGAACGUGGUUGCUAAAGGAAGUCGGGGCCGAGGUGGCUGUUUUCGAUAUUAUGGGCGGAUCUAGCAUCCGACAAUUGGCGACCUUUGUUGCGUCGCGGAGUAGUUUUAUGCAGCUAAAGGAAGUUGAUGAGUGA